AUGCAUAUCCGCAAGAUCGCACGUCUCAUGGCGGUUCUCGCCACGGCGACCCCCAUUCUAGCCCAGGAGGCUGUUGACGUCGAUGACUUUAAUGUCGUGGAGCGCCGCUACGUUGGUGGUGGUGCCUCCGUUGCUGGACUCGUCGCUCGGAAGGAGCACAGCUUCUUUGCUGCCAAGAAUUUGGUCGCCAAGGACGAGAAGUCUGGCGAUGUCAUCAUUCGUGAAAACACCAAGGAGGGCGAAUCUGACAUCGAGGCCCGCGACCCGAAGAAGAAGAAGAAGAAGAAGAAGGGUGCCAAAAAGGCCAAGGUUGCCCAGGUUAAUAAUGCCCCCGCUCCCGCUGCAGGCGCCAAUGCCAAAGCCGCCGAUGCUGGGGCCGCUGCGGCUGCGAAACCCCCCAAGCGUGAUCUAGCUGGGACUGAGCAGGCCGCCGAUGUCACUCUCGAGACUCGUGAGCCGAAAAAGAAGAAGAAGGCCAAGAAGGCCAAAGCUGCCAAACGCGGCGAGGACUCCGAAUCAGAGGAGGAGUCCACUCUCGAGACCCGUGAUCCAAAGAAGAAGAAGAAGAAGGCUAAGAAGGCCAAGGCUGCCAAACGCGACGAGGACUCUGAAUCAGAGGAAGAUCCCGCCCUCGAAACCCGUGAUCCAAAGAAGAAGAAAAAGAAGGCUAAGAAGGCCAAGGCUGCCAAACGCGACGAGGACUCUGAAUUAGAGGAAGAUCCCGCCCUCGAGACCCGUGACCCAAAGAAGAAGAAGAAGAAGGCUAAGAAGGCUAAAAAGGCCAAUGCCAACUAA